CUCAGUGUAAGCUGACACAGAGCUCCCCUCCCUCUGUACCUUAAUAUUACUCUUUCCCUCGCUUUUUCUUUUGGCUGUGAUGGCCGUCCUGCUCUGGGCACGGGUGGCAGGACAGUGGGGGCGUGUGUGUGCAUGUGUUUGUGCAGAUGUGAGGACUGGACUGGGAGCUCAGAUGGAAGACUGAGCCCGGACAGCGUAGAAGGCUGAGAGCAGGUCAGAGCUCUGUGAGGUGCCCUGACUGCUGAUCAUGGAGACAAUGCACUGAGGGGUGAACCCUCAGCUCAAAUAAAACUACAGAAAACAAGCAAGAAAAAAAAGACGACCUACAAAGAAGAAUGGUUGCAGAGGAAGUCGUCAUUACACUGUCUGGUGGAGCGCCAUGGGGAUUUCGUCUCCAGGGAGGGGUGGAACAUCAGAAGCCACUCCAGGUGGCUAAGGUACGAAAACGCAGCAAAGCAUGCAGGGCUGGACUGCGCGAGGCUGACGAACUGGUAUCCAUCAAUGAUCAACCAUGUGGAUUGCUAUCCCAUGCCCAGGCCAUGAACCUUAUAGAUAGCUCUCCUGGGAUAUUAGAUAUCCGUGUUAAAAGGGCACCAGCUGCUUUUCAUUCUAUAGUGCUUGUUGCCCGAGCACCAUCUCCUCGUAUUGACAAGGAGUAUCGAGCAGUCCUGAAGGCAAUAUCACCAACCCAAACCCACCAUGCACCUGUCCGUGAGGUACACCGCAGUCGCUCCUCCCUGACCAGUGGCUUGACAUCGCCGCCUGGGAGUGAGGCCUAUUAUGGAGAGACAGACAGUGAUGCAGAUGUUGCUGGUUAUGAGAGGCAGCGACGCCAGAAAAGAAGGAGUCCUAGCAAUUCCAAUCCUGGAAAACCAGCAGGGCGCGCAUCUCCUGAGGGCGGGGAGACAUCAGAGAUGAGCGGCUAUGACAGUGCUCCUGAUGCGCAAAUUUUGCCACGCAUUUUAGAUAGAAACAGAGAAGGAGGAGGGGGUCUACCAGGGGUUGCAAGAAAGGAGGUCAUUUACAAACCUCCUGGUCCAGGAAUGUGGUCCUCCCAGACAUCGACUGAGACUUCCUCCAUCAUCUCCUCAGCAGAUGACCAAGGGCCACGAGAUGCAGUACAAGAAGAAGACAGUGGUUUUUUAGAGCGGGCCAAUGUGCCACUGGUAUCCCCUGAGAAAGCAAAGGAAGCUCUAUUGCUUGGCUCCCGCAACCAACUUGUGCCCAUGGUGGGUCCUGUGGAUAAACCCAUUGAUGAGGAACUGACAACAACAUACAUGGAAAAGGCCAAACAAGCCAAACUGAACCGUGGAGACACACUUCAAGACAAACAUGUAAAGGAAGCCAAGAGCAAGUGCCGAACUAUUGCAUCUCUGUUAACAGAUGCCCCAAACCCUCAUUCCAAGGGGGUGCUGAUGUUCAAGAAAAGAAGACAACGCUCUAAGAAGUACACUCUUACUAGCUUUGGUAGUGUUGAUGAGGACAAGUGUCAGGACUCACAAGAGGAAGAUGGAGUUUUUCAGGGAAGUGAAUCAGAAUUUGAUGAAGAAGGCUUCUCGGCUGUUCCAGACCCAACCUGGGAUAGCGAUUACUUGGAUAAGCUGGAGAAGAGAGCUACAGCAGGCACAGAAGGACGUGGGAAUGAAGUAGGGGAUGCUACGAGUCCUGGUUUAAGUGACACUGUGGGCAAGGGUGCACAGUUGUUUGAGCAGCAGAGAAAAAGGGUAGCUGAGCAUACCAAAAAGGUGGAGAUAGCUCAACCUCAACCUCCUCCACAAUCUCAAGCACAGGAGCAUUCUCAGAUGUCUCAAGUGCAUCAAGGAAUGCAGAUCCAAGUUCAACCAAACCCUCAGUUUCAGCAAGUUCUGCCACCUGGCCCAACAUCCACACUGCCGUUAAUAUCUCAAACUCAAGCUCCAGUGGCUAGUGAAGGACAUGGAAUGAUUAACGGGGACCUAUCCUACACAGCAGUUAGCACAGUAAGUAUGGUAAUGUCCCCUCCACCUGUGUCAUCUAAACCAGUCAAUGCCUCUGUGACAUUUCUGACAAGUCCUGCACCACCUGCUGAAACACCUCAACCUGAACAACCUGUGAGUAACGUUCUAAACCGAACAGCACGCCCUUUCACGCCUGGCUUUAUCAGCAUUCGAGCAGCAACAGCCCCUGUAACCUUCCGACCUACAGUCACAAAAAGAUCCCAACGUCCUGCAUCAGCAGCUGUGGCACCACCACCACAAGUCUCCUCUGCCCCAGAACAACCCGUUAUUGCUCCAUCAGUUAGUUUCUAUCAACCACCUGAUCCACCAGCAAUGCUCACAACACCAUACUCUGUCCCUCAAAGCUCUAUGGUCCAAUCACCAGAGAGCCUGGCUACCUCUCAUCCUCCAGCCCUUUCUACCUUUGCAGAGAAAAUGCAGUCUUCCCCAACUGUCACUGGUGCUCAAAAGGCUAGAUUUUCAAUUGUUAAUCCAGUAUCAGUGCCAGCGCCUCCUCAAGCAACACUGGGUCCAAUCCCUGGUCCUCCUUUUUCUCAAUUUCCUGGAUCAACUAACCCAACUGUGUCAGAACCUACGAUUCAAGUGCCAGUAGCUCAUGCACCACCACAGUUCUGUGAACCUCCAGUGGCUCAAAUGCCUGUGGCCUCCAACCCUGAAGCUGUAGCUUCAGCAGCACCUACUGGACGCACUGGUAUCUUACUGGAGGCUCGUCGGCGUGGUGGAAAACCCAAGCCUAUGUUCAACAUACCAGAUGCCAAAAAGAACUCCCCCAAUCCAGAGCUGUUGUCAAUGGUGCAGAACCUGGAUGACAGAUCCAGCAGACACAAGCAUGGCCAGUCAUUUACUGAAGAAGACUAUGAUGGUGAGGAAGAGGAGAGGAGUGGGGAGGCGGACACAGAAAGGAUUCCCCCUCCAGUUGCACCAAAACCUCGCGUAAUCCAUGAGAACCCACAGACUCUUCAAGCAGGAGGGAAGGGGGCCCAAUUGUUUGCCAAAAGGCAGAGCCGCAUGGGAAGGUAUGUUGUGGACACACCACCUGAAAUCCCUUCCCAGAGAAAUGUGAGCUUUGAAAAUACACAACAGGUCUAUGAAGGAACCUCAUUUCCCUCUCAAUGGAAAUACUCUCCAAAUGUACGUGCACCUCCACCUAUUGGGUACAAUCCACUUAUGGCCCCCUCUAUUCCAACAGGGCCUCAGAGGGAUGCAAACAAGUCAGAUAGCAAGGGGAAAGGGGGCUCCCAAAAAGAGGGGAUCAAGGCUCUGGAUUUUAUGCGACGGCAGCCUUAUCAGCUAAACUCUGCCAUGUUCAACUAUGGAGGCAGUGUUAGUAAUUUGUCGGCUAUGCCUUCUUAUCAGGCCCAGCAAGGUAACUACUCAACAAUGGUGGGAAGUUCAUUAACAACACCUCGGCAGAUUCCUCUCAAAACAGCCCGUGUCUAUGAAAUCAAGCGAUUCUCCACACCAACGCCCAUGUCAGCUCCCACUCUGGCACCAAAAGUCAUUGCACCGCGCUCAGCUACAACCCUUGGAGAACGUCUGAGUCAUUCUGGCAUGACAUCCCCACCUCCGCCCUCUUACGCUCCAACUCCAGAAGCAGUGAACCCUCCAAACACACUAUCAUCCCAACCCCAACCAUCAAAGCUGCCAAGCCUCCCAAAAUUCUCUUCUACGCCCAUUUCCCACCCUCUGCCCCCCGCAGUCCCCACACCUUAUACUCCAGUGUCACACACCACCGGACUCCGGACAGCAAAGCAGUUUCAGAGUGCUCCUGAACUCAGCAUCCUUGCAUCUUUACCUCCACUCAAACCCAACCCAGUUCAGGCACCAAAACCACAUUUUGUUGCCACCAAGGGAGGCGUACAACCACGUGUUUGGAAGCCAGGGGCAAUCUGAACAACAGAAAGCAUAUUAAUGAUAUAGAAAAUGCUUUGUUAAUAAGAUGAAGGUGGGUAAUGUUCAAAUUAAACAAAUCACCAGAAACUUUAAACUUAAGGGUAUUUAAAAAAAAUGGCAUUUCUAUACAGGAAAAAAAAUUCAGUUUGAGAAAUUAUUGUUUGCAGAAAGUAUUGCCCCGCUAUAGGUUACACAUAGAGACAGACACCUGUGGCCAACUAAAUGACCUCCAGUUAACAUUCUUAGAUACCUUAUGUUUGAAGAUGUGUUAUUUUGACGGGAUUCUGGAUAUGUUUGAUCAAGUACUGAAGCAAAGCUUGUUUUACAUGUUAUUGCUGUUCCAUUUUCAUAAGAAUGUAAUAUGAAUUUGUCUGCAUGUCUAUAGGUGAGAACAAAAUGGAUGUUUUUAAGCACCUCAGAUUGGCUUGAAUCUUGAGUGAAGACAAGAUUUUUAAAGGGUGGGGUCAUUAAGGUUGAGCCAAAUACCUAUGCUCAUAAUAGCUACAGCAAAAUGCUAUUUUCUCACACGAGUCACAUUUGACAAGUGACUUAACUGUCACUAAAGCUAUACCCGGCUUGUCACUUAAUAUUUCCUCUUCCAGUUGCUUUUUAGUGUCACACGGUUUUUCUAUGUCCAGUGUGAAUGCUGCAAAUACAUGUACAUUUUUGUUAUUAAACGCAUAAUACAGAUGAAGGAUGUGUAUUUUGUUUGCUUAAAUUGUGUUUUGGUUGUAACAGGAAGUUGAAUGACUGUAAAUAAGGCACAAGGAAUGAACGUUUCUGUGAAGGGAAGAUGAUAUAUGCCGGCCUCUUUUAUGAUGGUAAGGUUUCUGCCCUAUUUGAACAUCCCCUUUUUAAUCAUAUCUGUGAUAACAUGUUAUGAAGCUAUGAAUGACAAGUUUAAUUCCCACAGCCUGUGGAUAUUACUUAAGAAUGGUCAAGAAAGGUUUUGAUUAGUGGAACUUGUAUAAAAGCUAGAAAUGUUAUUGGAAGGGAGAUUUGUAGUUUAGUGUCUGUUCAUUCACAAUGGUUUGUGAAGAAAAUAUGGAGGGGUAUCAUAGAACUGUAUAUUGAAAGAUGGGAAUGUUAAUGAGAAAAAGUAACAAGAAAUUAACUGAAUGCUACUUUCAUCUGUAAAUGAUUGGUUAAGAAUUAAAGAAGGUUUUUUUUUUGUCUUCAAGCUUGUUUGUUUUAUUGGCUUAAACAACAAAUUGCACAGAAACUGUAGAUUUCUAGUAUUAUGUAACCAGAUAUACAAGUUAAUUUAAACAAUAAAUGCGAAAAGUUUGUAAUUUUUUGCAGAAUAGUAGUUUUUACUGACUAGAGCAAAAAGAUUGUUUUUAAGGAAAUAAAAUACAGUUGAAAGCC